UAUUCUGUGGAAAAUAAGCCCUUUCUUUUCACCACAGUUGCCAGUACCCUACCCCUCCUAACACAACCACAUUUUUAUCCUCCCAGAAGUUUCUGGGCAUGUUCUAACAUGUUCAUAUGGGUAUAUAUUCUUUUAAAUUCCUUUUACCCAAGUGGUGGCAUAUUAUAUAUACUGCUCUGCAUCUUGUUUUACCUUAAUGUCUUGGUAAUCAUUCUUUAUCAGUAUAUAUAAAGUUACCUAUUCUUUCAUGGGCUGCAAACCAUUACCUCAUUAUAGAUUAUGGUUAGGGUUAAGGUUAGGUUCAUAUCAUAAUGUAACUACUGCCCUGUUGAUGGACAUUUAAGUUGUCUCCAGUCUUUGUUACUGCAAACAGUGUUUCAGGGAACAUUCUUCCACUUAUUUAACACUAGAACUUACUAUACAAGUAAGUGAGGUACUCUAGCAUAAGUGGUCACGCUGAUGUUCUUUAUGUCCUUUAAAUUUUUGGUCUAUGCUACAAACAUUGUAAGAGAAGUUUCCUGUUUGUUUUUUGUUUUUUCCUUUUACAAGCAAAGGAGAAACAAUGUUACAGAGUGCACUGAGAUAAGAAAAGGAAAGGAAUAGUCUUGAAGCGUUUGAAGUUUAAAUCCCUGGUCUUACAGACUUUGCAUUGAUAAAAGAGAAGAAUUUUCUCUUCUAAUGAGUGAGUCUUAAGAAGAAAUAAGCUAAUCCUGCUUCUGAUGUCACAGCUUUGGGAAAACAAUGAGAAGCGGAUUUCCCUCCUGAUAGGAGGCCGCAGAAGAUUCAAGCGCAGUCAUGGGUGGACUGCAGCAGUGUGUGUCUUGAGAGUUUAAAAGAUGAGAGAACUCACGCCUUGGCCUAUUGAAGCACCAAGUGAGAGAGCCUGUAGCUGUACAGCCAACGUCCGAGAGAGAUCACUAAGCCUGGGAACUGGAUGGAUGACUGUGAAGAGCCAACCACUGUGAUCCUUGGGGUGACCUCAUCCGUACCCUCCUUGCCACUCCCCAACAUCCUCCUGAUGGCCAACGUCACCUGGCCCCAGGGUCAGUUUCCCACCUGGAGCACACCUGGGAGUGUCCCAGUCAUCACCCUCAGCAGGAUUCUGCCCCUGAAGUACGUGGAACUGCGAAUCUAUGACCGGCUCCAACGCAUCCUAAGGGUUAGGACAGUGACUGAAAAGAUCUACUACCUGAGGCUCCACGAAAAAUACCCAGAGACCGUGUUUCAGUUCUGGACCCGUUUGGUGAACAUUCUGCAGAGAGGUCUGUCCAUCACCACCAAAGAUCCAAGAAUCCGAAUCUCUCACUGCCUGGUGCCCAAGUUGCCCUGCCGCUCAGCAGAAACAUCUGAAAGCAGCCUGCUGUCAUCCUCCUGGCCCAGUGAGAGCUCCAUGCUGUUGGCUGCCGAGCAGAACAGUGACCGUUUCUUGAAACUCUCAGGAACUUCCCAGCUCACAGUGCACAGAAACACCAACGGUGCCACUGAAAUAGAGAAUUUCAACUGCAAGGACAACACAUCCUCGCCAGCGUCAUCCCCGGUCAUUUUGAAUAUACCCAUGAGAGCCACCUUGAGCCACAGUCUCUGGGAACAAGAGAAUGCUGAUGAGUACCACAUGCAGGCUCCUGUAGCCAGUUCCUUAGGAGAGAACUUUUGGGGACCCUAACACCUAGCCCAAACAGGGUGGUCUUCAGUGCACUUGUUACAAACUUCUAUAGGGCAGUUUUCCUAUUGUGGCCCAAAUGACCCUGGGAGAGAGGUAAGAUGGUGUUUAUAACAAGAUGCUUCUGCACGUCCAUCAAUAAACCUCCAGAUGAGUCCCUAA